AUGACUGAAUCUGUUCGUUGUGUGGUCUUCGGGCUGCAAGGCGACGCCGAGCUGACCGAGGUGCUGACCUUCCUGCGUGGCUUCAGUGCUCUCUAUGGAUCUGGCUUGGCGCUGCACAGUGAGACCCGUGCGAGCUCUGCGGAGGUGGAGGCCCUGGUCGCCCAGCAGCUCAAGAACAACCCGGUCCAAGUGAACGAGCGCCGUAGAGCGCUACCGAAUCAAGUGAACCAGCACGGACAGGGCGAACUUUUUACCCGGAUCUCGGUGGACCAGAAGGAACUCAUCGUGUUUGGUAAAACACCGCUGAUGCAGUGGAUGAAGCAGCAAUUGCUCGAGUCCCGGUACACCACUGCGUCGCCCGCCCCUGCCACUCCAGAGGCACCACCGCUGCGGCUGUUUAUCAGUGGAGACAGAGCUCAAGUCGGUAAGUCUACGGUGUGCCUGGGCCUGGUGGGUGCGCUGUUGCGCAGUGGAUACGCAGCCAGUGACAUCGCGUAUAUUAAGCCGGCCACACAGUGUGAGAAGCCGCAGCUAGUGACCAAAUUCUGUCGGCAACAGGGCAUCACGUGCUGUGAAGUGGGUCCCAUUCUGUUCUAUAAGGGGUUCACACGAGAGUUUCUGAAGGGCGAAACGGAGACGUCGGCUCAGUUGUUGGAGAAGGCCAAGCAGAAGGUGGAGGAAGUAGGUAAAGGAAAGAAGGUCGUGGUCGUGGAUGGUGUUGGAUAUCCUGCUGUUGGAUCAAUUUGCGGCGUGUCUAAUGCGCAUGUUGCCAAAAAACUGAAGACGCCUGUGGUGCUUGUUGGCAAGAAAGGGGUGGGUGACGCCGUGGACUCAUUCAACCUCAACGCAACGUUCUUUGAGAGUCACGGCGUCAAGGUGCUGGGCGGUAUCUUCAAUCGCUUACCAGAGGACGGUUUCUACAGUCUGGAACACUGCAGAGAGAACGUGACCGCGUAUUUCGAGCAGUUCCAGUCCGAGAAACGCGUCUACGGAUUUCUUCCCGAGCUGACGGACGGCGGCCAUAGUGCCCUCUUUGCUGAAAAGACUAGUGAGGAAGGUCAGAAUGAUUCUGUGUCUGGCGUAUUUCUCACAGCUGCUGAGGAUGAAUUGGCCACGAAGGUCGUGGAUGCGUUUGUCCAGAGUAUUGACUUGACGAAGCUGCUCGUGGACGCGGAAGCGAGCAAAGAACCAGCCAAAGCGGUGGGCUCUAACGGCACGAAGGCCGUAGUACCCAAGGCAAAUACAAAACCGAAGCGCGCUCGCAACUUUGAAAUCCCGACCUCGUUUGAGACGGUCGAACUUCCAUCUUUUAGUGCCCUUAAUGCAGUCGAAAUCCCAACGUCGACGGAGACUAUGGCGCUUCCGGCAUUCAACACUAUGGAGAUCCCUACAUCGACGGAGACGAUGGCACUGCCCUCGUACGAUACGGUCGAGAUCCCCACGUCAACAGAAACGAUGCCCCUGUAGCUUGAAGCCUUUCAACGAUGACACGUGCGCAGCGAGUGGCAAAAAUAUGAUGUUUCAGUCACGCCUCAAUAAAUCAACAGACCGACACUCGGCCGGUUCUGACA